CUGGAUAGGCUCCAUCCAGUGAAAAAGUAUUGCACUGGAUGGAAACCUUUUGCAUGCCGGAUGGAUUGUAUUGCUGUCUUGUCUUGUAGGACUAUUGGAAAUCUAGGGGGUUAUUUUACGCACACGUGCGAGCGCUCACCGUGAGUCACUGGAUGUCCGGAUUAAACCUCGUGGAUCUUUUUGGAGGGUAUGAGAGAUAUGAAUUAGAUGGAUACACAGCUCUAAUAGGUUUCCCGAGGAGUGGAAUAGUUUCUAGGCUACACUUGCAGCCCACAUGGCUUUAUCAAACUCAUCGGGAUCUCCCGGAGCUGGGAAGCCCAACCCUAGCGUCAUAGACCUGGGGACAAUCUUCGUUGACUCCGACAUCAUAUUUGGAUUUACGAGUCACCUGCUGAAGAGAAAAACAAAGGUGGAGGGAUGUCCGAGUGCAGAGUCUCCGGUAGCCCCCAGGAAAAGACUUCACUCUGCGGAGGACGCGCGGUGCAGCAGCCGGCCUGCUCCUGAGGGCGCCGGGUCGGUUUCCAUCUCCGAGUCGGAGGAGAAAGGAGGCUUUUGCCAGCAAUGUCAGAAGAAAGUGGCAGAGCUGAAGAAGCAGGCGCUAGCCCUGGCUGACAAAAAUUCAUUAAAGGACCCUGGAUAUGCAACUUUUCUGUUUGAGCAGCUCCAGUCGCCUGGAAGCCAUGAAGCUGGGGUCAACUGUUGCCAGGUGUGCUCCACGCCACUUCACCAACUGAGGCAGGAGGCCUUGCAGACUCUCCACGGCCCCAUUCUCACCUUCAGCUCGGACAGGGCAGUCCUGCCCACUACACCCUUUUUACCACAGCCUUCUAGAUUCACUGUGUCGUCCUCCAGUGUUCAUGCUAAACAACUGUCCAAAGGCCAAACUGUGGAGCGACAUAUGGUGCCGGGCUGGUCGCAGAGUACCUCGGCUUCUUCGGGGCCUAAGACCAGUGUCCAGGUGACGGUGGCAGGAGGGCAGAUCACUGGAUCCUUGAACUCUGUCACCAUCCAGACACAGCAGUACCUUGAGGGCAUGUGGAGUAUCUCCAGGGUCAACAACUUCUUGCCUCAGCCUAAACUGGCUCAGGGUUUGAUGUCGGAUAAAGAUGUGGACAUGGCUGCCUCAGAGGCCCCAGUCACCACUGUGACCAGCAGCAGCAGCAGCGCCCUGACGCCGUGCCAGCUGAGGAGCUCCUGCCAGCCGGGACUUCCAGCACCUGUCAUCAAUACCUCUUCUUCCUCAUCUGCAGCAGCCUCCUUCUUCAUUAGGGCAGCUCAGAAGCUGAAUCUCUCCUCCAAGCGGAAGAAGCACCAACCCUCACAGCUCCACCCACAGGAGCCCUCCAUCUACCCCACCAACUUCAGCGGCAUACUGCAGGUCUCACCACCCCCUGCCCCGCCAUGCCUGCUCCGAGCCGUGUCCAAAGUGAAGGAGAACCCAGGGAUAGGAAAGGUGAAAGUGAUGAUGCGUAUCUGUCCAUCUCUGGAGGCAGUGGACUCCUCAGAGUCUCAGUCCUUCUUGAAAGUGGACAGCAGGAAGAAGCAGUUGACCCUUUAUGACCCUGCAUCCAGCCCACACUCCAGUUCAGGACACAGGAGAUCUGCCACUGUGGCCGUUCCAAAGAUAUUUGCCUUCGAUGCUGUUUUUCCCCAGGAUGCCUCACAAGCUGAGGUGUGCUCAGGGACAGUAGCUGAGGUCAUCCAGUCUGUGGUGAAUGGUGCAGACGGCUGCAUCUUCUGCUUCGGCCAAGUCAGGCUUGGCAAGACAUACACUAUGAUAGGCAAAGACAGCUCUACUCAGAGCCUAGGCAUUGUACCCUGUGCCAUUUCCUGGCUCUUCAAGCUUAUCAAUGAGCGCAAGGAGAAGACGGGCACACGCUUCUCUGUCCGUGUGUCUGCGGUGGAAAUCUUUGGGAAAGAUGAAGAACUGAAGGAUUUGCUAUCUGAGGUGUCAGCAGGCAGCCUGCAGGAAGGCCAGUCCCCAGGCAUACACCUGAGAGAGGAUCCCAUCUGUGGCACUCAGCUUCAGAAUCAGAGCGAGCUUCGCGCCCUGACAGCUGAGAAAGCUGCCUUCUUCCUGGAUGCAGCCAUUGCCGCACGCAGCACCAGCAGGCCCAGUGCAGAUGAGGAAGAGCGACGCAACUCCCACAUGCUGUUCACAUUGCACAUUUACCAGUACCGCAUGGAGAAGAGUGGCAAGGGAGGAAUGUCAGGCGGACGAAGCAGGCUGCACCUCAUUGACCUGGGGAGCUGUGAGAAGGUCCUGAGUAAAAGCAGAGAAGGAGGAGGAGGCUUGUGUCUUUCUCUAAAUGCUUUGGGAAAUGUCAUCAUGGCUUUAGCAAAUGGUGCCAAACAUGUACCUUACAGGGACAGCAAACUGACAAUGUUGUUGAGGGAGUCCCUUGGCAACAUCAACUGCAGAACCACCAUGAUCGCCCACAUCUCUGAUUCCUCUGCCAGCUAUGCUGACUCACUCACCACUAUCCAAUUGGCAUCCCGCAUCCACCGCAUGAGGAAGAAGAAAUCUAAGCAGUAUGCAUCAAGCUCAUCUGGAGGGGAAAGCUCCUGUGAGGAAGGGAGGAUUCGUCGGCCCCCCCACCUCAGGCCCUUCCAUCCUCGGACAGUAGCCCUGGACCCAGAUCUUCCCUCCCUGCUCAGUGACCCAGACUACUCCUCGAGCAGCGAGCAGUCCUGUGAUACUGUCAUUUAUGUGGGCCCUGGGGGAACUGCGAUCUCGGACAGGGAGCUUAGUGACAAUGAAGGCCCACCUGCCUUUGUUCCAAUCAUCCCCUCCCUGAACAAGAAAAAGUCUGCAAAAGAGGGCCCUCUAGACAGAGACCACUUCUUCAAAUGCAACACAUUUGCUGAGCUGCAGGAGAGGCUAGAGUGUAUAGAUGGCAGUGAAGAACCCACUGCCUUUGUUGGAGAGGGAAAGCGAAGCCAGGCUAGCCCUAAGACUGACAAAUCUAACGAGAGCCAAGGCUCUGUUUCACCAAAGACUGUAACAAAUAUUUCAGAGGGCAUCUCACCUAAACAAUCUCCUAAAACUCUUGCCAUGCAAUCAUCCUGCAGUCCCAACACUAAAUUCAAACUGGACAACAUCAAGAGACAAUGCCUACCCGCAGAAAGGGCACCAUCAGAGAGUGUUCAAAAUGUAUACAGAACCAGUGCUGAUGGUGAGAAGGUCUUGGUUUCAGAAACUCGGGCUACUACUAACAAAAUGGCAACCACUGCAGCACCAAACUCUGAGCCUGUGGUAAGAGAGAAGGUCUGCUUCAACAAGAAAGCCUUGCCAAAGCCAGCUCCACCUCCUUCACAGCAGAGAGAAAAUGCAGAUAGUGAAGAAAGAUCUAGCACCAGAAUGCCACCUGUGGGCAUGAGCCACCAAGCUGUGAAAAGGAAGGAUCCAUGUACUUCCCCUUUGCUCAGACCUCCAGUGGAGAUGUGCCAGGUACGCUCUACAAUGAAUGAAAGGUGCCUGGAUCGGGACAUUCUUAGAGCCACUGUCACUUUGCAGCAGCCUGUGGAGCUGAAUGGAGAGGAUGAGCUGGUGUUCACUGUAGUGGAGGAGCUGUCUAUAGGCAGUAUUGUAGAUAAGGGUCGGCCAUCCAGCAUUAUCAGCUUUAACAGUGACUGCUCCCUUCAGGCCCUGGCCUCUGGUUCCCGACCUGUCAGCAUAAUCAGCAGCAUCAAUGAUGAGUUUGAUGCCUACACAUCAGCCGUGGGAGGAUCAGAGGUGAACAUUGCAGUUGCCACACCCCUCCAGGAAGGAGCAAUGGAGUGUAUAGAUAGCAGGGGUUCAUCUAUCAGCUCUUGGCUAAGUGAGGUUAGUGUCUGCACUUUGCAGAGUGAAGGGGCUCAUUCUACUGAUGUCUUCCUUCCACAGGCCAAACACAUGGGACCAGAGGCCAGCUUUUACUUUGAUUCUCUGGAUAUGUUACAUUGUGUAUCCUCUCCUAGAGAUGCCAAGAACUCCUUAAAUGACAGUGGAUUUAGUUUUUCUGAACAAGACAGUGACAGUGCCACCUCAAGCAAACUGUCCUUGACAAAGUGCCCCCCAUCUUCAGAAUCCACCAAAGGCUCCCUCCGAUUCACAUCUAAAAUAACUAAAGCUCAUUCGCUUAGUUCCUCUCAACUCCCACAAGGCCCUUCCAUAGUCCACUCCAGUCUUCCCAGGAAGAUUAAACCUACCUCAUCUAUUUCUCAUAGUAGUAGCAGUAGCAGCAGCACUAGUAGAGAGCCACCAAGACAAGAGGCAAAGCAGGAGGAUCCUUGGCAGCGUAUUGACAACCACUCAGAACCUCAGUUUGCUGACUCCAGCAGCACCAGCAAAUUUCUUAGACAUCCCCCCAGUGGCAUCCCUUCCAGCAAAACAUCUAACAACAGCAACAGUGUACCUCGCCCUCCCAAGGUGCAGGGGUCUACCUCAUCUCAGAGGGUGGUUGAUGGCUGUGAGAAGUCAGCCAGUAAGAAUACACCCAGCAAAAUGCCUCAGUUGAGACGAGGUGCCACCACCCUGGGAACAGUGCCCGUCAUCCAUUCCUCCACAGACUACAAGGGAGCCCAAGAUAUUACAGCAACUACUACGGGCCUUAAAUUCUCCUCUCUGGGGAAAAAUAGCAAGGCUAACUCACAGAAAAUGAGUAAUAUCCCUAAACCUGGUUGUACCUCGCCGCCUCCUCCUCCUCCAAUGAGGAAGUCCAGUCUUGACCAUAAGACUAAGACCCUGUUACCCCAAAGUGCCUUAAAGCCACCAUAUGUGGAGGCAGGAAGGGCCUCUGGAUCAAGGACAGCUGUAUCAGAGGAUGAGCUUGAGGUACGUCACAGAGUAGACUCUACCAGUUUCAAAACCUCCAGCCUCAACCCAGCCAAAAAUACUUCCAGCCUGAAGGCCAGAGGACCUAAAGGAGAGGCUGCACACCAUUUUGGCAGUCAGGUGUCACUGGAAAGAUGUGAAAGCCUAUCCUUAUUAGGUUCCAGAGCUGCACUUAGUAGGGAAAAUAGUGGGGCAAGUCUGGGGAGCAGCAGUGGCAAAUCCAGCAAAUCCAUUCCGAGAUUUGGUAUUCCUAAUUCAUCCAGCUCUCCUAUAGCUACUUGCCCAUCAUCACCAAAUGGAGGAAAUAUUAGCAAACUUGGCCAAGUAAAAACAUCUGUAAAUCCCAGACCCUUAGGAACAGUCAGUGGGAGUAAGGCACGCUCACUGUCAGCCAACAACUCCAAGGGCCUAAGCUCCUCCACCAAAUCUUUGGCCACUCCUGUGACCAGAAAUGCAAACGCCAACCUCCCUCCAUCAGGACGGACAUCAGCUCCUCGAACGACCACUGCUACUAGCAGUAAGCCUGGCAGAGGAACCAUCAUGGGCACAAAGCAGGCCAUGAGAGCGGCCAACAGCCGUGUAAGCGAACUGGCAACAGGCAACAUAUCAGGCAAACACAUGAGAGUAUCAGGAGAUUCAGACAGUGGGAAUGACAGUGGGGCAAAUGUGAGUGAUGACAAAUCCCCCAUAGCUGCGCUGCCCUCUCCAUACAGCAAAAUAACAGCACCCAGGCGGCCUCAACGCUACAGCAGCGGCCAUGGCAGUGACAAUAGCAGUGUGCUGAGCGGGGAGUUGCCUCCAGCUAUGGGCCGCACAGCUCUGUUCUACCACAGUGGUUGCAGCAGCGGAUAUGAAAGCAUGAUCCGUGACAGUGAAGCCACGGGCAGCGCAUCCUCUGCUCACGAUUCCAUGAGCGAGAGUGGCAUGUCAUCUUCAAGCAGAACAAGGAGCCCCAAGUAUCCCAAAAAGAGAGCAAAUGGCUUCCAGAGAAGACGGCUGAUUCCGGCACCCCUGCCAGACACCUCUUCCCUGGGGAAGAAGGCGGGCUCAGCGGGUCAGUGGGUGGACUUACCUCCUAUGUCUGGACCGCUUAAGGAACCCUUUGAGAUCAAGGUGUAUGAGAUCGAUGAUGUGGAACGGCUCCAGAGGCGGCGACAGGAGGAAACCACAGAGCAACCAUUCCAGGAUGUUGACAAGGGCCUGCUGUAUUUUAAUAGUAAACUGAAGAUGCUGGAGAGAAGGCAACAGCAAGUGAAGGAAUUAAGAGCAAAGCAUGAAGUAUUGAUGGAGGAGCUGGAAGACACCAAGGCUCGGCUGAUGAUGGAUCCCAGCAAGUGGAUAGGAGAGUUUGAGGUAGACCAGAAUUUGGAUAAAGAGUCUCCAGAGUACCUAGAAGCCUUGGCACAGGCCACAGAGGAGCUGGAGUUCUGUGUCAAUCUCUGCAAGUCCCGUGUCAUGAUGGUGACCUGCUUUGACAUCAGCAUGCCCACAUGUGGCACUCAGGAGGGAUUGCGUGAAGUUGAAGUCUGAGGGCAAAAAGCAAGUCGAGGUGAAGAAAUGAGGAAGAGACAAGGAAGAAGGAUGGUGAAAUGUAGCAAGCCGGUUUACAGAUACAGCUGGAAUGAAGAACAACAAGAGACAGAGAUGAGAGUGGAUGUUUGCAUGAACAAUAGAAAUCUUAACCACCUAGCUGCCUCGUUGUCUAGGACAUGGUUUUAAUGGCAGAGAAGUGAAAUGUGAGCACAAAUGCGGUUGCCUGUGUGGCACGGCAGUGGCCAUCACUUAUUCAAGAGUCAAUGAACAACACCUGGAAGUGCCUUUUUUUAUUGUUUUUGUUUUGAGUCAUUAUUUUUCAUAUGGUGUGGGUAUCUUAAGCAUACCCAAGCAAACCCUGAACAUAUUGCUUUUAAGAAAAAUAUUUUAUAUUGCAUUGUAUAGUGUAUUUAUAUGAUUAUGUGCUGUGUACAAAUAUCGUUUUAAGGGGAAAAAAAUAAAGAGGGAAAGAAAAGAAAAAAGCAAUAAGCUAAUGUUAUUGCGCUCCCAGACUUUGCCUUUUCUCUUGUUUCAAACCUCAGUCGACAUUUUAUCCAUAUUCAUUCAGCCUCUUGCGCCUUAUUUUAACUCUGUAGUUUUCUAGAUUUUAAAACUGGACUCUAAUAUCUCAUCAAGGACUACAUUUGCUGUUGUCACUCGUUGCCUGCCAGCUGGUCUGUGAAAGCUUGCAGGGUUGAGUGAAAAAUUUCCCCCCCCCUCCAGUUGCCUUGAUCAAAAUGGGUCUCAGUGGAUGCACAAAGGUAGAGCAUCAGUUAUGUUAGGGGAUGGGGGGCUUACUUAAGCUGUGCUUGCCCAUGUUUAUCUCACUGAAAAUGAGAGAUUAAGCCAAAACAUAUCAAUCAGAGGGACAUUAUUGUGGAUAGUGAGUCAGCCAUUUUCUCUGGUGCCUCAGUAUGUGGUUAUUUGACCCUGAGAGACUUAACUUUUCCUACACUGGCCUGUGUGGAUAUCAUGAUGGAUGGUUGCACUGAUAGCAGUGCUCAUCAAUGAGCCUAAUUUCUCUCCAAAUAGGCCUGGACUGGGGGCUCUGAGACAAAGAGGCACAGGUACAGUACUUUUUCAGCGCAACCAAGCCUCAGCUCUAUGCAUUCCAAUACAUUUACUGCAACUACUGCAAGAACCUCAAUCCUGACUUAAGGGCAACAACACAGUUUGGUGUCUUACGUCCCCUACUCUUCUUUUUUUUUAAAGGCAAAUGAACAAAGUUGAUCAAUUGUUUCAAACCAAGACACAAGAUUUGUUUCCUGUGAAAAAGAAGAAAUGAUCACGGCAUUGUUAAGCAAUCAUUAUGUCAGUUCUUUGUAGCUGCCAGAAUGUGCUUAUUAUGAAUCAAACAGCCAGCACAGCGAGAACAAAGAUGAUCAGUGGAAAUCAUAAAGACAAACAAACCUGGAUUUUGGUAUGCUCGAUUUCUAUAUCUAUGACAAACAUGAUUUUGUUUUUCUUUUCUUUUACAAAGAUGUACUCUCUCAGGCCCUCUCUGAAGAUGCUGCACGAGAUUUUUAAAAUCAUUUUUAAGAAUGAUUUCUACUCCAUUUUUACCAUUCAGAUUUUUUACAAUAACUUCAGUUUUCACUAAUGCGGGGUAUGGCUCAUAAAUUAAAUAACUAUUACCAAACCAAGACCUUUUUUCAAGAAAUUAUUAUAUGUAAGGCCAUAUUUCAUAUCAAAACCCAUAUUUUCGAAUAUCUUUGUUUUUGUAUAGGACUUUCCAACCCUUUGUAUAAAUGUAUGAUAUGGCAGCUUGUGUU